AUGUCAAUAUCGACGAGUGAAAGAAUACCCUUUGCCCCGAUGCCCUUAACUGGAAAUAGAGUUGAACUAUUAGAAAGAAUUCCUUCAAUGGCUCGCGUCGCAAACGAUUGGAGACUUGAGGCUCUCGAGGCGGGUGCUGGCGGGGGUGAAGUAAGCGGCGCUGACAGCUGCGGGGCGGGGGAGGACGUUACGUGGAGGACCCUCGACAGAGCACUCUUUAGGAAAUCGUAA